AUGUCCACGCAACGAUUUGCAAAAGAUCAGCCUGAAGGCUUCUCUAACCGCAUCGAAAGAGUUGCAAUUGUCGGAGCCGGUGGCCGACAAGGCGCCCAGAUAACCGAGCAACUCCUUAAGACUGGAAAACAUACCAUCACUGCCCUGACUCGGAUCGGCAGUACUUCCAAGCUUCCAGAUAACAUAAAGACUGUCCCCAUCGAUUAUGAAGAUGAAGAAUCUAUCGCAUUAGCUCUGAAGGGUCAACAACUCCUCAUCAUUACCCUCGCUGUUAAUGUCGACCCAGAAGUCCAUCAUCGCAUCGUUCGUGCAGCUGGAAAAGCAGGGAUCCGUUAUAUCAUCCCCAACAUCUACGCCGCAAACGUAGUCAUCGAAAACCAAGGUUCUGUCAAUGAUUUCUUCCCGGCUGCGCCUCCAAUCAAUCUUCUCAAAGAGAUCGAGCGGGUUGGCGUCAGUUCUUGGAUACUUCUCGUCGGAGGCGUCUGGUUUGACUACAGCCUUCCUUCCGGAGAGUCUUUCAUGGGAUUUGACAUAGGUAACCGCAAGGUUACGUUGUUUGAUGACGGUGAAGCAAAGAUCAACACUAGCACGUUGGCUCAGUUCGGUCGUGCCGCUGCUGCCAUUGCAAGUCUCAAAGAGCUUCCGAACGAUGAAGACGACAAAUCCUCAACAAUCGCGCAGUUUCGAAACAAACCUGUCUAUCUGUCGAGCUUUUAUGUCAGCCAGAAGGAUAUCUUGAGAAGCGUCCAGCGCGUCACGAACACGACAGACGCAGACUGGGAGAUCAAGCAUGAGAGCAGCGCUGAUCGGAUUGAGAAUGGCAAGACGAUGGGGAGAUCCGGUAACAUCAUGGGACUCGUGCAGGCUUAUUAUUCGUUCAUUUUCUCACCGGGUGGGCAAAAGCUCAAAACUCAAGACAACCGUCACAAUGAGCUACUUGGGCUACCGGAGGAGGACUUGGAUGGAGUGGUCAAGGAUUGUGUUGAGAAGGCUGAGAAUAAAUUUAGACCACUGUAA